AUGCAAGCAACUACGCGACCUAUUCUCCGUAUCACUACGAAUCCAGCUCUUCUCCGAUCCCUAUCCACUACCCCAAGAAUCAUGGGUGCAGGUGAUCUAGGUUCGACAAAGUCGGGCUUCAUGGCCGAGAAGGACGCUUUCGCCAGACGCGAGGCUGCACACGAAGCCAUGUACAUUCGGGAAAAAGAAAUGGAAAAGCUUGAGCGUCUCAAAGCAAAGGUCAGGGAGCAGCGCAAGCAUAUGAAUGAACUGGACAAACACAUUGAUGAAUACACUAAGAGUCAGGGGGGCGAACAGAACUAG